AUGACAAACCAUUGCAUCCCCGUAGGUCUCCACCGAGCCGUUGACAGACAGGACGGGCCCGCCGCAGGACAACCCGAGCCCGCCGGCCGCCUGCGCUGCCCCUGCGGGCCCGUCACCGCCUUCGUGCCCUGGGACGGCCGCCGCAGCGGCAACCCCGUCCGAUUCCACAGCGUGCCUGCCUUUGCUGCUGCCACCGACUUGGCCAUCGACGUCCCUGGUCACGGGAAGGUGGUGGUCGACAUCGGCUACGGUGGCACUUUCUAUGCCUUUCUCAGCGCUGAGCAGCUGGGCCUCGAUGUGUGCUCUUCAAAGACCAGAGACCUCGUUGAUGCGGCAAGCGCAGUGACAGAAGCGGUGAAGAAACAGUUCAAGCUUCAUCACCCUGAAAGCGAAGACCUGGCUUUCCUCUACGGCACCAUACUGACAGAUGGGAAGGAUGCCUUUAGUGAGGAGCCCACCACCAACAUCUGUGUGUUUGCGGAUGAACAGGUUGACCGAAGUCCCACAGGUUCGGGUGUGACAGCUCGCAUCGCCUUGCAGUACCAUAAGGGACUCAUCCAGCUGAAUCAGACCAGAACCUUUCGGAGCAGUACCACAGGGUCCUUGUUCACUGGGAAGGCCGUGCAGGAAGCCAAGUUUGGGGACUACAACGCUGUCAUCGUGGAAGUCUCGGGAGAAGCGUUUUACACCGGUACAGCCACCUUCACUGUCGAAGAGGAGGACCCGCUGAAAUACGGCUUCUUCUUCAAGUGA